CCUUAUUCAUCAGUUGUGGGAAGUGUAGUUUGGGAAGCUUUAGAACUGGGUUAUGGCUCCGUUUCAGGCCAAUAGCAUUUUAAAAAAUACGGCGUUUUUAUUUGGCUGCAACUAAAGGCUCUGGAUUUUACAAUGAAAACGCGUUUAAAUGUUAAAGUGGUUCGGGAGAGGGGAGGAGAAAGGCCUCUGUGCGCAUGCUCAGACUGCAUCUUAUUAAUUUUUAAUGGAAAAUGGCUGCGUUUCUUAUCCAAACCUCAGGAGCUGGGAAAUAAAACCCCCUUUAGCUCAACCUUUCCGUGUCUUCUUAACGUUCAGACGGGAAUAAUCCGAUGUGGUGACUGCGCGUUAGCUAGCCGAUGUCCCGUGGUGCCAAAAUAUUUGGGAAAAUGGAUCGACUCACGCCUUGAUCGAUGAAAGAUCAUUUUUCUCCUUAACCCUUUCUGCACCUAGAUCUGCGAACAAUCGAGACGAUGAUGCGCCAGGUGACAAGCAGUGACUUCUGCAUGAAUAGCAGGCCAUCGUGCCUGGCAGAGGACAGCCACCACUCCACCUCCCACUUUGACCUGUGCACCUCCCAGUCCAACAAGUUCUACCCUCCUCCCCCUCCAUCAUCCCUUCAGAUGACACUGGCGCCCAUGGCCCUUCCCACCCAGAGCCACAAGCCCAUGGUGUGCCAGAGACAGGAGGUGCUUGGGGGUGACCCGCUCUCACCCGGGAAAAUACCAGGCAUUAAAAGCACUGAUCAAGCACCAGACGACCCCAAGAAGAAGAACAAGGCUGUUGGGAAGACAGGGAGACGUGGGAGGCCUUUGGGAACCACCAAGCUAGCCGGAUACAGAACCAGCACGGGGCGACCUCUUGGCACCACCAGAGCUGCUGGAUUCAAGACAAGCCCAGGAAGGCCGCUGGGCACAACCAGAGCAGCGGGGUACAAGGUCAGCCCUGGACGGCCUCCCGGUAGCAUCAAAGGCCUCUCUCGCCUCAACAAACUGGCUUAUGGUAGCACCUGCAGCGGAGCAGCUUUCCCCUAUCCAGUACCACACAAAGAAAUCCUCUGUGAACCUUCCUGCAAAGAGAAGCCAGCUAAUGAGUAAAGGCUCUACUCUGUUUCUGUUCACCCUCCAUCAGAAGAAGAGAUGCACACAUUUCCUGCCACACGCUGGUGUUGAUUGUAAUCUUUCCCAGUCUGCUGAGAGGAGGAGAUUUUCUAUUACUGGUGUCAUCUGUGUGCCUGCCACCUAAUAUAAUACUGUUAGAUUUUCAGCACUACAGCUGGAGAUCUAUAGUGUAUGAAAGGGUUCACAACAUGUUGCUGUAUUUGUUCUGUUUAACGAGCAAGGAGCUAUUAUUAUGCCAACAAAUGUAGGGGUAGCUCAUGACAAUUUUAAGUUUAGUAUGUAUGUAUAUAUGUAGCUUUUUAACACCCACAAACGAUUGAAACAUUAGUUUUCACAUGUUUAAUUUCUGUAAACAAAGGAGACCAUUGUUGAAAGGUUUUGUGAAAUCUACUGUGACACUUUAUGGCACUAAACAAGGAGUAAUUUUACUCUGCGUAUUAAUCACACUGCAGUUUCAGUAUCAAAAUAACUAAUGUUGGAUAUUUACUCUUGUUCUUGCUCUUUAAACAAAUAUGCAAAACAAGAAAGGAUAAGUGACAAGUAGCAAUGUUGUCUUUGCAGGAGGAAGGGUUGUUGGAGAUGCUAUAUGUAGCACCUUUAUGUCAGAAUUGUAAAAUAAGAGGCAUCUCACCCUGGAUUCAAGUCUUUGUUUUGAGCAGAUUCAGGGGAACAUUUGCUCUGUGGCACUUCCACCAUAGGUGUACAGAUAAUCCUUCAGACUAAUAGCACCCCAAAACUAAAAUCUGGUUAAUCAAGCUUUUUCCACUUGGCUUCAGAAUUAACAAUAUGAGCUGUACUGACAAAUUCUCUACAUAUUAUUUGCAUGCGAAUGUCAUCUAAGCAGGUCGGUGCGUUUAUAGAUUGUUGUGGAAAUAACACUCCAAGUUUGAACUUUUUCCACUAAAUCUAUAAAAAUGCAUAAACCUUGGCAACAGCUCACUUCAUCUUGUGCUUUUUUUAAUAACCUGCUAAAAUUUGGUAAAUGUGGCUGUCUUGUUUGCUCAGUAUGGAAAAAGUAGUGUGAGGGUGUGUAUGUUCUACUUGGUACUGGGUUGCUCUGCAGUAAGAGGUCAAACCCCUCCUCACUGGUUCUCUCACUGUAGGAACAGGAACGUGUAAUAACAAUGUGAGCCCGUGUUCAGUCUGAGUUUCAAAGGUGUGAAAAAACGCAGCCCUCUCCUUUCAUUUCUGUGGUGGACUGCGUUCACUGCAGCCGGCUCUGGCAAAACGAUGCUACCUCGUGCGAUAAAAAAGAUCUGGUUCAACUUUUGCUGAACUGCCCGGUGACAUCUUCUGACCAAUCAUGUAUGGGGGACACUGGGAACGUGGACGCCCAUGAGAAGAAGACUCUUGUUUACCUUGUUAGCAUUAGCAUUCACUGCUGUUCACUCCUAAAUAUGGGCCACAGUUAACGCACCAUAAGGACUUGCCAUGCGUUUUUGUUAGUUGGGGUAUUGGACGGUGAAUAGUGUUUUUUGUCUCUUCUGUGCCGACACACUGGCAGUAGAAAUUGGUGAGGUAGAGCAGCAUCGUUAACCAAAACACAACCACAACUCAUGGGCUGGAAACGUGAAUGAAGCAGCUCAUGUCGGCUCCUCACAUCCUGGCUGUAUCAUACCCCCCCAUCAACUUAGCUCCUUAUGAAACGCAGGGAGUUGCGUUUUACCGUACUCAGUCUGAACACCAACUUAUUGUUUCUUUACUCUUCUGUUUGUCAGCUUGCCAUAGACUGGUGUCUUCUAAAAAGUUUUACUGGUGAUACAUGAGCAUGAAUUCUGCCACAUAUGCCAACAUUAGACAUUUUAACUUUGUGCUUCUAUAAAACCCCAUUUUUCUUAAGUUUAAAAAAAAUACCUCCAAUGCAUCAGCAUUUAUUUGUCCCAACUUGAAGUAACAAAAUAAGAACUCUGUAUAAAUACAGUCAGUUUUACUCCUGCGUGUAAUGACUGUGUUACUGAGACCACAGAAACAUCUCAUUUGUGGUCUCAUUUGCUUACAGUGACCAGAAUUUGACAAUUAUUUAUUGUUUUAAUUUGUACAUGUUGCUUUUUAAUUUGCACAGGCAACUGUAAAAUAAUGUUGAUGUAAGGGACGUGACAUUAACCCCGUAGAGCACUUGAAUCUGACUAUUGGGGAACCUGGUGUUUUUGUGAAAUUUUGAUGUAACAUGAAGUCAUUUAGUGCAAACAGACUUAAGGAAGAGAUGAACAGAUGCAGUAUUUUUACUGGUUUAAUAUUCAAUGUUUUGCAACAUGCACCGUAAAUACAGUAGAUGACUUAUAGUCAAUACAAUUUUGAUCCAGCAUCAUAGAUUGGUUGUUUGGCUACUUGCCACAGUACUGUAUUCAAGUUUUUAUCAUUUGGCAAAUGAGUUUUUGUGCAAAACUGUAAUCUUUCCCUGAUGAGCAUUCAGUUUCUGGUGUCUAUAGAGGGAUCCAUAGCCUGAGAACGAAGACACCAUCGCUUCACUGAGUUGCUCUCUUAUGACAAAAUUUAACAUGGUUAUAUUUGGUGCAAUAAUCUGUCUGUUGUAUGUAUUGUACUGUGGAACCUUUGAUACUAUCACUUUUUAUUAUUGUUGUAUUUUGAUACUUGUGUACAAAGCCUUCUAUCACUUGUUUUGUUGAUGUGUGUAGUGUUAACAAAGGUUACUGAGACAUCACAUACAAACAUCCUUUUCACCGUCCUUUACCAAAGAAUAUGAUGCUAUUGAACUUCAGGCAUUUAUGCUAUUUGAUUUUUAAAAUAUUCCAACAUCUCACACAAUAACCUUAGCAUGUGGAAAAUGUAAAUGAAUAAGCAUCUGAGGCCACUGUCCCAUAAAAGAUAGUAUGAUUGUUUGGAUUAAUACAAAUCCUUUAAAUCAUCGCAUCUGAUGCUGAAACCAUGUGGAUGUAUGUUUCAUGCUUCAUACGAUUAACAGUGUCUUGAAUACAUUGUAAAUUGCUAUACUGACAAUGUAAACUUUUUGUAUGUUUCCUUGGUUUUAUACACAUCCGUUAUUCUUCAUUAGAAAAAGUUCACUUUUAUGUAUAAUUCUUAAGUAGACAUGAUCUUUAACUGACUAAUUUUUGCUGAGGUUACAGCUGACUGUGUUCCUGGCUGUCUCACAGUCUGAGGUCUGUCUGGUUUUAGAUGCACACAGUGAGGUGGAGCCUAAUGAGAUAAAGAUGCUGGUGGGAUGUACAGUUAACUAGACAGGAGGACAUUCUGACGUGUCACAGUAGGAAAAGCACAGCUGUCAGUAAUAAAGUUAAUGAUGGUUUUAUUGCAUUUAGCUGCUCCAGUUUCAGGGUCCUGGUUCUGUGCAUGCUGGCACACUGUCAUGCUGUCUCGGCUUAGUGGGGGACUUGAAUAGAUUGUUAGUGUUACUAGUAACACCCAUACCGUUCUGUCCAUGACAAGUUAAAUGAUCUGCUUUUGUGUGUCACACUCCAUCUUCAAGGAGUCAUUGUUCUAAAAGCUAACAAGGCUUCCUCAGUGAAAAGUUAAAAUUUGUUUUGUGGUUUUUGUCUAUACUCCAGGCUAACUGGGUUGCAGCAGCUUCAGCUCCAGCGAGGCUUUGACAGUGCGCUACUUUGCUAACAGCUGCAAAGGCCCAUGAAAGCCUUGAACUUGUUUUAAAUGGUUUUAAAUUCACCACAUUUCAAAACUGUUCUAUCCUUACCAAGCACGUGGAGUGCACAGCAUAACAUCCUAUUGAGGAAGCUACUUGUAGCCUGGUUCCAGACCUUUGUUUCAGAGUUGUUGGCAGUUCAGUCUGAUUAUCAGGCUACAGCAGGGUUAUAUAGGGCUCUUAAUAACUUGUGUUAUUAGAAAUGAGAUGUUGAUGUCUCUGCAACAGAACACAAACAUCUGUGCUCCCUUUGGCACUCAGUGGCUUUAUGCGAUAAAUUGUUGUUUUUAAAGGCAAACAAAAUAUUAUUAGGAGUUGUACAGAGUUUACUAUCCAGUACACUAGUAGAUGUUGAUCUAGCUUGUAAUAUGGAUGGAAAACAACAGGAACAUUUUUCAAAUUUUUAGAAAGAUUUGAAAUGUUGCCUGCUGGUUAUGUCAGGGGUUAGUGACAUAUCUAAAUGCCAUCUGAUGAGUGUUUUAGGGCUUAUUAAAUUUAAGAAUGAAGGUGAAAAGAUAUGCUUCUUUUCCAAAAAGGAGUUAAGGAAUUAAGGAAGGUGUACUACACGAAAUAGGGGUUCAUUUACUGACAUUUGUAGUUAAAUCAGUGCUGGCACAAGGCACAGAUAGAUGCUUUAUUAUGGUUGUUUUAUGAGCUCCCCACACACCUACACACAUACAAUUUUAGCAUUAAUUCAGCACAUGGUCUGUUGUCUGUAAAUGAUCAUUUAAAACAUUACCUCAUAUUUUGAGUGUUUUUGUGAAUACAUGAAGCCCAGUUAUUCCUGAAGUGUGACUGGCAAAGCCUGUAGAGCUUUGUAUAAAUCCCAUUUUAUUCCUGCAUGAUUGUUGUGGAAUGUUCAAAAAUUGUGUAAUAAAUAUGAAAG